AUGCUUUCCCUUACUGAAAGGGAGGCUGGUUACUCAGCGGAUUUGUCAGGACUACUGUACAUUCGGCGCUCCAUCCCCAAUUUCGACAUCUACCAGCGGCGCUCAUCCAUUUCUGGAUGGGCCGAUCGCCCGGGGGCCAAUAUUUGCACCUGGUCAGGUGUCACAUGCAACAGCAACGGCAGUGUCACCGGCCUCAAUUUCUUAUCGACCACCUCGGUGCUCAUAGGCCAAAUCAGCGAUGUGCUAUAUGGAGCAUCGCUGGUGCCGAACCUGGUGUCACUGGACCUGUCAGGCAACGCCUUCACAGGGACUCUGCCCCCUGGCCUCACCAUGCCAAACCUGCAGUACCUCAGCUUGACCGACAAUUACAUCCAGGGGGAGUUGCCCGCGGCCUGGGGCAUGGAUGGGGCGUUCCCUCAGCUGCAGGAGCUGGAAUUGGGGCAGAAUCAAGAUCUUGGAGGGACGCUGCCUGCUGCGUGGGGCAGCGAUAAUAGCAGCCUGACAGCUCUCCAGCUCUUCAAGGUCAGCACGGGCAGCGUUAAGGGCAGCCUGCCUGCCCAAUGGGCCCAGAACCUGCCCGCCAUCACCAACCUCAAUAUCUCCAACAACCUGAUCUCGGGCACGCUGCCACCGGAGUGGAGCGCCAUGAACCUAACAAAUCUCAAACUGGACCGCAACCUCAUACAAGGUAGCAUUCCCGGCACAUGGGGUGCCAAUGGGUCCUUUGGCGCGCUCACAGCACUGUCGCUCUACAGUAACUUUCUGUCGGGCACCCUUCCUGCAGCGUGGUCAGUGGAAGGUGCUAUGCCUGCCCUUCAGGUCAUUGAUGUAUCUAGGAACAACCUCUCAGGGACUGUGCCGUCCGGAUGGGGCAUUCCAGGGCAGUCCCUCUUUGUCACCUCAGGCAACCUGUUCUGUGGACCAACGCCCACAAAGUACCAAGUCUUCAUUUGCCAGCAGUUCAGACUCGGCUGCAGCACAACAGGGGCGUUCCCUCCGCAGUGCCCAGCUGCCCCGCCAGCUCAGCUGCCAGCUCCUCAAACCGGCAGUGCCAACGACUAUGCAGUUCUGACAAGGCUGCAGGGAGUCAUACUCAGGGGCAAUCCACGGGGCCGCAGUGAUUCUUUGUGGGACGAUGGACAGCCUUUCUGCAGUUGGCUAGGAGUUCAGUGCGGCCGAGAUGGCCAGGUACGGGCGCUAAAUCUGAGCAUUCCCGUUUACGGGCCACCGGUGCAGCUGCCACAGCCCGGCGUUCCAGCCAGUGUGACGCUCGGUGUGGACGGCGAGAUCAGGGGAUUGAUUGCAGAGUUUCUGACUCUGGUGUCAGGCCUGCCAGCGCUGCAGUCUCUGGACGUGACUAACCAGUGGCUGAUUGGCACUCUGCCCGCCAACAUCAGCUUCCCUCGACUGACAGAGCUGCGACUCACAUAUAAUGACCUUCAGGGGACGCUGCCGAGUGAGUGGGCGGACAAUGGGGCGUUCCCUGCGCUGCGUCUGCUGGCACUCGACAAGAACUGGCGCCUUGGGGGAUCUCUGCCGGCUGCUUGGGGCAGAAACUCCAGCAGCAUGACUAAGCUGGAAGUGCUGACGCUAGGGUUUGCAAACCUGACUGGCCCCGUACCGCCGUCCUGGGCCAAUCAGCUGCCGCUGCUCAGCGUGGCAUACUUGGGCUUCAACACACUCUCAGGCAGCCUGCCCGUAGAGUGGCAGUCCAUGAACGCCAUCACAAACUUCCAUGUGGAGGGGAAUAACAUCACCGGCACCCUGCCAGACCAGUGCGCUCAUUUCCUGUGCCGCAUGAUAUCUCCCUGUCAGGUGGGGCAAUGGCGGCGCGCAGUCGUGGCCGGAACGCUGCCAGCCUCCUGGGGCGCGGACGGGUCGAUGCCAGCUGUCUCUGACAUCAUCCUGGAUCGCAACAAUCUGACAGGGAGCAUCCCCCCCUCUUGGGGGGCGUCAGGGGACGGGACCCCCCGUUUUCCAAAUCUGAAGCGUCUCACUCUUCUGCCAGGGAACCCGAACCUGUGCGGCCCAAUCCCUCAGGGCCUGCCAGUGUUCACGAAUGACAGCGGUGGGCAGCAGGUAUUCAGCCUGCCUUACAGCUGCUCUGGAGCGCCGCUCUCGGCACCCGCGCCGACGCCGGCCGCUCUAGAGCCGGCCGCUGCCGCACCGGCCCCCGCGGACGGUGUCGGUGCUGCAUCCACGGCACACAGCAGCAACCUUAAGGGAUGGAACGGAUUAAUAGCCGGAGUAGUAACCGGCGGCUGCGCGCUGGCGGCCGUCGUCCUUCUCGCGGCGUUCCUGCUGCUGCGGCGCCGCAAUAAGCUGCGCCAACAGCAGCUGACGAAGAUAGUGGACUCCUGCGGAAAGGUGUCGUGUUGUGAGCACGGGGGCAUGCACGGGGAGAUGCAUGACUCCGACAGCAUUAUUCCCCCGAGCAGCGGGGGGCCUCCGGCCAGCUACAUUCCCUAUACCGCCCUAAUCAGGCUCCCAAAGAAAUCUCACUCCGGCAGCGGCCUCAUCGUGGGAAAGCACUCAGGGAACACAGGAGGAGGGAGCGCCACUGGAUGGAGCCCGCGGGCGGGCAGCCAGCUGGCAGAGCCGAGCAGCCUGGGCGCAACAACGGGCAGCUUGGGCAGCGAGGGCAUUGCGCAAGAAGCGCUGGCCAGAACUUCCCUGCCGCACAUAAUGCCCCUGCGCGACUGGGAGCUAAACUUGGACGCGCUCCAGGUGGAGGUUGACGAGGAUGGCGAGGAAGUGGUAUUAGGGCGGGGGGCAUUUGGGGUGGUGGUAAAGGGGACUUACAGAAUGGCGCCUGUGGCCAUCAAGAGGAUGAAGGAUCAAUCCCCAGAGCAGCAGGAGGACUUCCUUAAAGAGAUGGCAAUUCUGCGCGCGUGCCGGGGCAGCCGCUACAUCGUUCCCUUUGUCGGCGCCAGCCUGCUGCCGGGGGACACUAUUCUGGCGAUGGACUUCAUGGAGAAUGGGAACCUGUGGGAGGCGCUGACGCGACUGGGGCGCAAUGGGCGGCCGGUGUUCCAGUGGAACGCGCGCGGCCGGCGAGUCGCGCAUGACAUUGCCCUCGGACUGCACUUCUUGCACGACCUCAGGGUGGUGCAUCUGGACCUGAAGUCCUGCAACGUGCUAAUAGCCGCGGACGGCACAGCCAAGAUCAGCGAUGUUGGUUUGGCGGCGCUGAUGAGUAAUCAAUACCUCAGCAGAACGGCACCUGCCGGCACAUGGGCGUGGGUGGCACCAGAAGUCCUGAUGGGAGGCAGGGUGACACACAAGGCCGACAUAUACAGCUUUGGCAUUGUGCUGUGGGAAAUCAUCACUACUGAGCGCCCGGCAUGGAGGGGAAAUCUCAGGGACAUCAGUGUGCCAGAAGAAGCACCGCAGGAGAUAGCGGACCUGGUGCUCCGGUGCACGGGUGACGCCGAGACACGGCCGGAGGCGCAGGAAUGCGCGAAAAUCAUUGGACACUACACUCUGGACGGCGACGCCAGCGUCAAGCGCCGGUCCACUGGCUCCGGCCGGCUGCGGCCAGCGGCCGCCGCCGCCGCUGUGCAGGCGGAGCAGCAGCGGGGGGACCCAGGAGUGCCGGUGGGGGAACUCCGACAUCCGAUGGGGGAUCCCGCGCAGCCAUUGGGGUUUGCCCCCCAGCCAGCGGGGGACUCCGAGCUACCACUGGUGCAUCCCGGUGAAUUGCUAGGGGACCCCGAACAGCAGAAGGGGGACCCGACGCAGCCGUCUGGGGGUCCCAUGCAACAACGAGGGGACCCUGGGCAGCCGGUGGGGGUUUCUGAGACGAGUGGCCAGCAGGAAGGAGGGCGUGCGCAGCCGGCAGGGAAUGAGUCGCAGCAGGGGAAGAGCGGUGCUAGGAAGAUACUGGGGAGUCAGUCCGAGAGUGCUGCAAAGCCCGGGCAGCCGGCUGAGAGUUCUUGGCAGCCCGGGGUGGUGUCAGAUGGGGGCAGGCGAGAAUCCCAGCGGGUGUUUCCGCCAAAGUCCCCUUUCGAGAGCUGAGCAGGCGUACUGCUCUUUGCCGAUUUUGAUGGGGAUCCGUUCUGAAACCUGAAGCAUUGCAGCACUGAGCAGCAGAAGCAAAGCUGGUCUGCUUCACCGACACAUCCAGGAACCCCAAAAGAUGACGGAAGCAUCAAAAUUUUGCACGCAAGUUGAAGCGGCGAUUAUCUUACACAAUGGCGUCCUGCGUGAGAAGGGAUUGAACGAGAUGCGCAGAUCUGAGAAUUGCGCAUUUCUGAAAGAUGCCCCGUGAUUUUCAGGGGCUCGCCCUAGCAUUGAUAAGCAUUUACUUUGCACCUUUCUUUCAGUUCCCAUGGUGUGACUUUCUGUCCCGGAUAGUGCUGGGAAAAUUUGACUGGUGUGUUUGCACUGAUCUGAUCUGAAGUCAGGCUUGACGAGCAUUUUGAAAUUGCCCCAGACAGAACUUUGCAGUUGAAUGCAGCUUUGGAUUUAUCUUGUGCCAGAGUGGGUAUAAAAGCACUGGCCGUCAUGGGUAAUGAUCUGCGCUGAUUUGCGCAGAUUGGUUUGCAGACUCAGUCAUGGGUGCUCAGGGCAGAACUAAAUCAGUAAUUACCUAAGGCAUCUUGGGCACCUGUAACAGUGUAUAGAGACGGAUCAUUCAACGGCAUGAAGAAAGACUUCUUCGAAGUGUGAGAACUACGCUUGAACGUUGAACGUUGGACACUUGACUGCGGUGUUGGCCGAUUGAUCAAAGAGCAGUACAUACCUCAGGCAUGCACACUAUAUAAGCCGCAGAAAUGUUCGGGCGUGCGGAAAUGUAUUGGCAACAUUUAUUAUU